CCCGAAGGAGUUGAGGAGGGAGCGAGCAGGGCCUGUGCGGAGUGAGUCUCGGGAAGCGGGGCCCCCGUGCUGCCUUUCCCCGUCACUUGUUCGAGGGGUUUGCCCGCCCGCCCCCCGCAGGAGAUUGUGGAGGCACUUUCAGUUCAGUUUUGGAAAAGAAGGGCCAUUGCAAACUUGUCCCGGGGGCGCUUGGUGUUGGGAGCCGCGUGUUGCUGGAGCCCUGCUGGGCCCGAGCCGGCUAUGAUGGGGGAGGGGAAGAGAAGGAGGAAGAAAGCUGAUUACAGGGGGUUUUGGCGCCACUUUUGUUUUAGACAGCUUUGCCCAGAGCCCCCUCCUUCUCGACAUGCACACUGAACUGAGCUGAACCCUGCCCAGGAAUUGUCUUUUGUGAAAGGAAGAAAACGUGCUUGCGCACCGUAAACUGUUUUUUGAACAUAUUUCCAAUACAGUGGUGGUCCAGAAGAUGAUAAAGAAAUGAUAGCAGCUCCAGAAAUACCAACUGAUUUUACUCUCCUUCAGGAGUCUGAAACACACUUUUCUUCUGAUACAGACUUUGAAGAUAUUGAAGGAAAAAAUCAAAAACAAGGCAAAGGAAAAACCUGUAAAAAAGGGAAAAAAGGCCCAGGAGAAAAGGGGAAAGGUGGAAACGGAGCAGGGAAACCUGCUGGUCCAAACCGGAUGAAUGGACAUCACCAACAGAAUGGUGUGGAAAACAUGAUGCUAUUUGAGGUUGUUAAAAUGGGCAAGAGUGCUAUGCAGUCUGUAGUGGAUGACUGGAUAGAGUCAUACAAACAUGACAGAGAUAUAGCGCUUCUUGACCUCAUCAACUUCUUUAUUCAAUGUUCAGGCUGCAAAGGAGUUGUUACAGCAGAAAUGUUUCGACAUAUGCAGAAUUCUGAAAUAAUCCGAAAAAUGACUGAAGAAUUUGAUGAGGAUAGUGGAGAUUAUCCACUUACCAUGGCUGGUCCUCAAUGGAAGAAGUUCAAAUCCAGUUUUUGUGAGUUCAUUGGAGUAUUGGUCCGACAGUGUCAAUAUAGUAUCAUAUAUGACGAAUAUAUGAUGGAUACAGUCAUUUCACUGCUUACAGGACUAUCGGACUCACAAGUCAGAGCAUUUCGACACACUAGCACGCUAGCAGCUAUGAAGCUGAUGACUGCUUUAGUGAAUGUGGCAUUAAAUCUUAGCAUUAACAUGGACAAUACACAACGGCAAUAUGAAGCAGAGCGAAAUAAAAUAAUUGGAAAACGAGCUAAUGAUAGGCUGGAACUUUUGCUACAGAAGAGGAAGGAGCUUCAAGAAAAUCAGGAUGAAAUAGAAAAUAUGAUGAAUGCAAUAUUUAAAGGUGUUUUUGUGCAUAGAUACCGAGAUGCAAUAGCUGAAAUAAGAGCUAUCUGUAUUGAAGAGAUCGGAAUAUGGAUGAAAAUGUAUAGUGAUGCCUUUCUUAAUGACAGCUAUUUAAAAUAUGUAGGUUGGACUAUGCAUGAUAAGCAAGGGGAGGUAAGACUCAAAUGUCUUACUGCUUUGCAAGGACUUUACUAUAAUAAAGAGCUUAAUUCCAAAUUGGAACUCUUCACCAGUCGAUUCAAGGAUAGAAUUGUGUCUAUGACUCUUGACAAAGAAUAUGAUGUUGCAGUCCAAGCAAUAAAAUUACUUACUCUUGUUUUACAGAGUAGUGAAGAAGUUCUGACAGCAGAAGACUGUGAAAAUGUCUAUCAUCUGGUUUACUCAGCUCACCGGCCAGUAGCAGUAGCUGCAGGGGAGUUUCUUUAUAAAAAGCUUUUCAGUCGCAGAGAGCCUGAAGAUGAUGGACUACUUAAAAGGAGGGGGAGACAAGGUCCAAAUGCUAACCUUGUGAAGACUUUGGUGUUUUUCUUCUUGGAAAGCGAAUUACAUGAGCAUGCUGCUUAUCUUGUGGACAGCAUGUGGGACUGUGCAACAGAACUCUUGAAGGACUGGGAAUGUAUGAAUAGUCUUCUGUUGGAGGAGCCGCUCAAUGGAGAGGAGCCUUUAACUGAUAGACAGGAAAGUGCACUGAUUGAAAUAAUGCUGUGUACAAUUCGACAAGCAGCAGAGUGCCAUCCACCUGUGGGAAGAGGAACAGGGAAAAGGGUGCUGACAGCAAAAGAGAAGAAAACACAGCUGGAUGACAGGACAAGAAUUACAGAGCUUUUUGCAGUGGCACUUCCUCAGUUAUUAGCAAAAUAUUCUGUAGAUGCAGAAAAAGUGACCAACUUGUUGCAGCUGCCACAGUAUUUUGAUUUGGAAAUCUAUACAACAGGACGAUUAGAAAAGCAUUUGGAUGCCUUAUUGCGACAGAUCCGAGAUAUUGUAGAGAAGCACACAGAUACGGAUGUUUUAGAAGCGUGUUCUAAAACUUACCAUGCACUCUGUAAUGAAGAAUUCACAAUCUUUAACAGAGUUGACAUUGCAAGAAGUCAGUUAAUAGAUGAGCUGGCAGACAAGUUUAACCGACUUCUGGAAGAUUUUCUGCAAGAGGGUGAGGAACCUGAUGAAGAUGAUGCUUAUCAAGUCUUGUCUACGUUAAAGAGAAUCACUGCUUUCCACAAUGCUCAUGACUUGUCAAGAUGGGACUUGUUUGGUUGCAACUACAAAUUAUUGAAAACUGGUAUUGAAAAUGGAGACAUGCCAGAACAGAUAGUUAUUCAUGCACUGCAGUGUACUCAUUAUGUAAUCCUUUGGCAGUUAGCAAAAAUUACUGAAAGCAGCUCCACAAAGGAGGACCUUCUACGUUUGAAGAAACAGAUGAGGGUAUUCUGUCAAAUCUGUCAGCACUACCUGACCAACGUAAACACUGCUGUUAAAGAGCAGGCUUUCACUAUUUUGUGUGAUGUCUUGAUGAUCUUCAGCCAUCAGAUUAUGUCAGGAGGGCGUGACAUGUUAGAGCCACUUGUUUACACUCCUGAUUCUUCAUUACAGUCUGAACUGCUCAGCUUUAUUCUAGAUCAUGUCUUCAUUGACCAGGAUGAUGACAGCAAUAGUGCAGAUGGACAGCAGGAUGAUGAAGCUAGCAAGAUUGAAGCAUUGCACAAAAGAAGAAAUUUACUUGCAGCUUUUUGUAAACUUAUUGUAUAUACUGUGGUUGAAAUGAAUACUGCUGCAGAUAUUUUCAAGCAAUAUAUGAAGUAUUACAAUGACUAUGGAGAUAUUAUCAAAGAAACAAUGAGUAAAACAAGACAGAUAGACAAAAUUCAGUGUGCGAAGACACUUAUUCUUAGUUUACAGCAGCUUUUCAAUGAGAUGAUACAAGAAAAUGGUUAUAAUUUUGACAGAUCAUCACCGACAUUUAGUGGUAUUAAGGAACUUGCUCGACGUUUUGCUUUAACAUUUGGACUUGAUCAACUGAAAACAAGAGAAGCUAUUGCCAUGUUACACAAAGAUGGCAUAGAGUUUGCUUUUAAAGAGCCUAACCCACAGGGUGAGAGCCAUCCUCCUUUAAAUUUGGCAUUUCUUGAUAUUUUGAGUGAGUUCUCCUCCAAACUUCUCAGACAAGACAAAAGAACAGUGUAUGUUUACUUGGAGAAGUUCAUGACCUUUCAGAUGUCUCUACGAAGAGAAGAUGUGUGGCUUCCUCUCAUGUCUUAUAGGAACUCCUUACUAGCUGGAGGUGAUGAUGAUACUAUGUCAGUCAUUAGCGGAAUCAGCAGUCGAGGUUCUACUGUAAGGAAUAAGAAAACAAAACCAGCAACAGGGAAGCGGAAAAUACCUGAAGCUGAAGAAAGCAGUAGUAGUGACAGCAUGUGGUUGAACAGAGAGCAGACAAUGCACACGCCAGUCAUGAUGCAAACGCCACAACUCACUUCUACAAUCAUGAGGGAGCCUAAGCGGUUGCGACCUGAAGAAAGUUACAUGGGUGUAUAUCCAAUGCAGCCUGAACACCAUCAAGCUCCACUUGAUUACAACACGCAAGUAACGUGGAUGUUGGCUCAAAGACAACAAGAAGAAGCAGCUAGGCAACAGCAGGAGAGGGCAGCGAUGAACUAUGUCAAACUGAGAACUAACUUGCAGCAUGCCAUUCGGCGUGGUACAAGCCUGAUGGAAGAUGAUGAGGAGCCAAUUGUUGAAGAUGUGAUGAUGUCAUCAGAAGGGCGAAUCGAAGACCUAAAUGAAGGCAUGGAUUUUGACACCAUGGACAUAGACUUACCACCAUCAAAGAACAGGAGAGAGAGAACGGAGCUAAAACCAGAUUUCUUUGACCCUGCUUCAAUCAUGGACGAAUCAGUUCUUGGGGUGUCAAUGUUUUAAUACCAGAUCAGCAAAUAAAUCCGUGAUGAAGUCAUUUUCUAAGUGGAAGAGGAAGUUUUUAAAAUACAAAAUUGUGGUAGAUACAGUGAAAUUCUGAACAGAUUUUUCUCUAAGGAGAAUGACAUGCUUUCAAGAUCAAGUGCAUUGAAGGGGCAGUUUUGUUUGCCUGAAAAAUGAAAUGUAAAGGACAAGUAAACAGUUUGAGGAUAAGCUACAGUUUUUGUUGAAAAACCAAUAUUUUAUGUGUUAGUUUAUUUCCAAAUCAUAAAAAGUAUUCCACAUUUGUUUUAACCUAACAUUCUGAGAGGUGCUUGGUACAGUUUUGAGCUCCUCUUUUUAUACAUUUAUUAGGUGUACUAAAUCAUGAGCUCUGCUGGGUUUGUUUACAUACAUGAACUGAAAUGGCAGGUGGAUUGAUCUUCUAGAAUUGUAAAACCAGCAGAAUUUUGGCAUUUUAAAUUAAAUGCUUAAGCUGCAUCAAGAGAAGCUUUUUAAUUAAGAUAAUCAUGGAGAAAAGUAAACUUAAAUGCAGAAUGUUAUCAAUUUUUUCAUCUAAAAUAUUUUUCAAAUCCAAAAGCUUCAUUCUGUCCUUCUCAGAACUGCCAGAAAGUAACAUAACUCAGUCAUGCUCGCCCCAUUAUCAACCCUGAAAGUUUGCUUGUCCUUUAAGAAAAAUGUAAUGUUGUGAAAUUCCUUCCAGUAGUGCCACUGUAUUUUGUCUCCAAAUAAAAGAAGCUUAUUGUAGUAUGUUUGCAGAAAAAUUCUAAACAAAAAUUAUACAGCUUAUUAGAGUGUGGGAAUAGGGAUCUAAAUUUUAAAUAAAAUUAUAUAUAUAUAUAAAUUGGUGCUGAUUUUAUAAUUGCGCAGUUUGUUUAGUUUUUUCUUACUUUUAAAUUCCAACUUAAAAUUAUGAGGUUUCAGAAAUAUAUUGAAAGUUUAACAAUGUUUAAAAAUAGAAAAGCAUGAGAAUUCAUGCUUUAAAAAUGAUUUUUAAAUUUGUAUUUUAUAUUGUUUUAUCUAUCUGUCUUUGCAAGCAGUCUUCAGGUUAAAAGAUACUUCUAACAGGUUACAGUACAUUUCCUCUGUAUGUAAAUUAGAUUGGAUAAUAGAAAUUCAUAAACUACCCCAUAAUAUUCUUUGAAAGCUAAGCUUUAAACUUCAUUUUUUGUCCUUUCACAAAUAAAUUAAAUCAGUUUAAAACAGAAAGUGGAUCUGUGCCAUUUUGACAUCAAUUUAUUUUGCAAGGCUUAGGCAGCUAGACAUCAUUUUAAAGGAAAUAUUAACUUAUAUUACAUAUGUAUAUUUUUUGUCAGUUGUCUCUCAGUUCUUGAGGUAUAUUAUUUUAAUCAUUCCAUGCCUUAAUACGCUUGCAAUACAAGAAUUUCCCCAAAUGGGUGAACACGAAAAGACUUCUUGUUUUUAGAUUCAGAAAUUAAACAUUGGGCUGUGGUAGCCAAAAACCAUAGAUAAUCUAAAGGAUCAUGAUAAAAUGUAAUUAUUUUACUAAGUCAUGGGAUAACAGUAUACUCAAAACCAGAUCUGCCUAACUCAUUUUACAUAAAUAAAUAUUCUCAUUUCUAAAAGUACUGCCUAUAUUGUUUUUCACACCACUGCAUUUAAUAGAACUGCUGAGAGGACUGUAUAUAUGAUUUUAAACUUAAAUUGAUUUUUUCUUACUCCUGAACGAGUGUUUCUUUGUGAAAGCAGUUCUUACAGCUUUAUGUUUUCAACCAGCUAAAAUGUUUUAUAUAUUUACCUUAACCUGUUGUCCUCCACAUUCUAUUGUCCUAAUUGUACUGUUUUCUGAUUUGUAUUUAUGUCUUGAGACAGUAACUUUUUGAAUAAAAAUAAACCUACAGUAUGUUGUAUGUUUGAUCUUUUUAAAUCGGGGGUAGGGAAGGACGUUGAAAAUAGAAGGAUGUGAGUGAUGCAAAUGUUAUGUUUAUAGAAAUUAAAUCUUUUUCCAUGUCUUUUAAGUGUUUGUCUCAGAGUUGAGAUAAUGUAUGGAAAACUGCACUGUUUUAUAUUUGUAAUAAAUUGUACAAGUUUUUAAAAUGUGAAUAAAGCACUAAUUGGGUUAAUAAUUUAAA